UUACCUUACCAAGUUCUGCCCCCAUCAUGCGCUAUCCAAUUGGUGCCACUCGCCCGCAUGAACUGCCUUAUUCCCGUCGCUUUAAUCCUGCUGACGGAAUCCUUUCUUCUUCACUCAUCAUCAUGGUAUGAUGUUGUAAGUUUAUAAUCAUCAAUAAGAUAUGGCGAUGGCUCGCAUCGCGAGCUCUGCAGACGCGGUCGCUGUUUUCUCGAUUUUGCUUUCGGUACUGUUUCUUUGCGUAGCAGUCUUUCGCUUAUGGCGCUUACGCAGAGCACCCACCGUUGUUAUCGCGGGGUUUCAGGGGCAUAGUAAAACGGUUUUGUCAAUCUUGUUUGCUCUAUCGAGUUUGGGACGUCUUCUCGCAUUAGGGAAUUCAACACUCAAUGAGACCAAUUUGCAUGUCGCUUCCCGUGCCCUGGAACUUGCCGCGGCAUUAGUGCUCUGUAUUCUAUCAUGGCUAAAACAUCGACGGAGCGUCCGCCCAUCGGACACAAUCAUUUUGUACCUCGUCGCAUGUCUCAUUCGUGAUUGCUUCGAGCUACCAUCAACCAUUCGGGGGCAGAGCGAUUGGCUGAUGCAAGACCCGAUAUUAGCUCAGCUAGUCCUCGAGACUUCUUUACUAGCUACCGAGAAUCUUCAAAAGGACCUUAUUAGAAAGUCCUUGAAUGACGAUAUAUCUUCCGAGGAGAAGUCUAGCAUUUUAGGCCGGACCUUUUUUUGGUGGAUCAAUCCCAUCCUAUAUGAAGGGUAUCACAAUGUCCUCUUGAGCUAUGACCUACCCUCGAUUGACACGAAGUUAUUAUCAAAGCCUACUCGUAUCGCAGCGUUACACGCUUGGGAGCGAAGGUUAAGACCCGAGAAUAGGAUGACACUUCCAAGAGUGUUGCUCAAGUGUCUUAAAAGGCCAUUCUUGUUUGCGAUACCGCCACGGCUUUUCCUCACAUUUUUCCGAUAUUCACAACCAAUUAUUAUUCGGCAAGCCAUCAUAUUCGUCACCACUGACGAACUAAGAAAUCAAACAUGGACUGGACCUGGUCUUGUCAUGGCUGCAAUCGUCAUUUACGCCGGCUUAGCUAUCUCAACUACAGUGUACCAACACCAACUCAACAAAUUCAGAAUGAUGAUUCGAACUGCUCUUAUAGCGUUGAUCCAUGAUAAGACGAUGAAUUCUUACGCCGAAACAAUCAGUGAAGGUAAGGUCUUGACGCUCACUAAUAAUGAUGUUGAUAGUAUCGAUACUAUUGGAGAGAUGUUACAUGAAACCUGGGGGCAAGUCCUUGAGGUCCUUAUUGGGAUCGUAAUGUUGACUUGGGAAGUCGGCUGGUUCUCACUUGUUCCUAUUUUCAUCAUUUUUCUGUGUUCUCGUGUGAGCCAAUACGUUGCAAGGAAUAUGCGAUCAAGGCAGGGUGGCUGGAAUGAAGCAACCCAGAAUCGCAUUUCCAUGACAAGUUCUGCCAUUAGUGCUAUUAAGAAUAUUAAGAUGCUCGGCCUACAAGACGCGAUAUCAGCACAUAUUGAAGAACUUCGGCGAAUCGAGCUCCAAAAGGCAAAUGCGGUUCGAUGGAUGUCAAUUGCUUAUAACGCGUCGGCAAAUGCCAAUGGGAUGUUUGCGCCAGUGCUCACCCUUGUUCUCUACGCCAUAUCAGCUAAAACGAGAGGCAAUAAACUGGAUGUUGGGACUGCAUUCACAACUAUUGCCAUUUUAACUAUGGUCACGCACCCGGCAAAUAUGGUUAUGACAUUCAUCCCAAAGAUCAUUACAUCCUUUGCCAGUUUUGAGAGGAUCCAAAAUUUUCUCCUUGAGCCGCCUCGGCAAGACUACAGAAUCGAGAUCUCCAACUCAAAAGCUCUCAGUGAAUCUGGUAGUUCUGAAAGCGGUUCUGACGUGACUUCAUACCCAGUCGUUAAUAUGGAAGGCCUUUCAGUUGGAGAGUCUCGUCUUGCUCUAGAAAAUAUCAAUCUGACCGUGAAAGAAGGCUCUGUCAUUGUUCUCUCUGGUGCCACAGCCUCCGGAAAGUCCAUCCUAGCUUAUUCUAUUUUGGGCGAGGUCCCUUAUGUCGGAACAGUUGCUGUAUCCUCUAAGCGUAUUGGCUAUUGUUCUCAGAUACCAUGGCUGCCGAAUGGCAGUAUCAAGCAAAUUAUAGCAGACUUUCAUGAUGACUCAAUUAUCGACUUGGCGUGGUACAAGACGGUCAUCGAUGCUUGCUGCCUCAUGAAAGAUAUUGAUGCACUCCCGGACGGGGACGAAACGUUUGUUGGGAGUAGAGGAACCAACCUAUCUGGUGGUCAACGCCAACGACUAGCUCUUGCGCGCGCGCUAUUUGCUCGAACGGCCAUCCUCAUAUUAGACGAUCCUUUCAGCGCACUAGACGGGAGGACUGAGAAUCAAAUUGUCGACAACUUGUUCGGAAGCGAAGGUCUUUUCGGAGAACUCGGAACGACGGUUAUACUGAUAAGCAACUCUACUCAGUACUUUCGUCUAGCAGACGAGGUAAUUGUCUUGGAAGAUGGACGUAUAAAAGAACAGGGCAAAUGGAACGAGCUUGCCUCUCGAGACCCUGAAAUAUUAAAGAUUAUCACAAGCGAAGAUGGCGAGCAUAAGGGAUUAGCCAUUGAGAGAUCCGACCUGCUACCUCAACAGCAAAGAUCGUAUGACGAUGUUACUGUUGACUCGAAGCGGAAAACAGGCGACUCCUCUCUCUAUGGUUAUUAUAUCAAGGCCGCUGGACUGGGGAAUUCCGCACUCAUGAUCGCUUGUACUGUGACGUACUCUUUCUUCAUCACAUUCCCCCAAUAUUGGGUCAAGAUGUGGACCAGCUCGGGGUCAAGCAACGAUUGGUUCUAUAUUGGAGGAUACAUUAUCCUUAACUUCAUCGCAUACGUUGCUACGAACGGGAUUGCAUGGACGAUUCAUCUUCGGAUGGCUCCUCAUUCAGGUUUGGUCUUACAUUCCAAACUUCUACAUACGAUCGCCUGCGCACCUCUGCUAUAUUUUUCUAUGACAGAUAGUGGGUCAAUACUCAACCGAUUUAGUCAAGAUCUCCAACUUGUAGACAAGCAACUCGCAGCCGCCCUGUCUUCGGUGUUCAUCCAGAUCUUCAAACUCCUAGUCCAAGUCAUCUUACUAUUCAUAUCACAGAAGCUGUUAACGUUUACCCUGCCUAUAUGUCUCGUCUUCGUUUAUGUAGUUCAAAAGGUAUACCUUCGAACUUCUCGACAAUUACGCCUAUUAGAACUUGAAUCUCGAUCGAUAGUUUCCAUCGACCUCUUGGAGACGGUUGACGGAUUGGCUACUAUACGUGCUUUUGAAGGUCAAUCAAAGGCAGAAUCUGAACAUCUCUACCGCCUCGAUGAAUCUCAGAAGCCGUUCUACCUUCUCUUAUGUCUCCAAUGUUGGCUGAAAAUUGUCCUCGAUCUACUCGUAGCGGCGGUAGCCGUUGGAGUUAUCGCUCUAGCUGUAAUUCUCAGAGAUACCACAUCGGGUGGCCAAGUAGGUAUGGCGCUAAAUAUUGUGCUGAUUGCAAAUACUACGCUACUCCGACUCAUUCAAACAUGGACAAAUCUUGAGAUAUCUCUCGGUGCCAUCGCUAGAAUUAAGGGUCUUGAGGACGAAGUGUCUCCCGAGGACAAGCCAUCCGAAACUGUUGUACCUCCUGAAACUUGGCCGUCUUCUGGCACAGUUGAGUUCCGAAGUGUUUCAGCAGCAUAUAAUACAGAGACCACGGUCCUUGAAGAUAUAUUACUAAGGAUAGAGCCGGGGCAGAAAGUUGUCAUCUGCGGCCGAAGUGGGAGCGGCAAGAGUUCCUUGAUACUCACUCUUCUCCGCUUAUUGGAUACGAAGUCAGGUUCAAUUAUAGUUGACGGCGUGAACAUUGGCCUUGUACCUCGUUCAGUUGUACGCGAACGAUGCUUUGUUACAGUGCCUCAAGAACCCCUUCUCUUCAACCAAGAAUCUCUCCGAUUCAAUGUGGACCCCACAGAGACCCUCUCAAAUGAUACUAUCAUCGAAAUACUUUCAAAGGUCUACUUAUGGCAGCAUUUUAACUCUAUUCCAGAUCAAGAUGAGUUAGGCGAUGUCAAUGCGUGUACUCAUCCGAUCCUAGAUCGCGCAAUUACAUCACUUCCUCCUCUCUCAGUUGGUCAAAGACAGCUACUAGCCCUCGCACGGGCACUGUUACAGGUAUACGUCAUAAACACAUUGGGAGCGAAACCUAUAAUCCUACUUGACGAGGCGACUUCAUCCCUCGAUUCAUCGACUGAGAAGAUGAUACUCGAUAUCAUCAACGAAGAGCUCGCGAGUAAGGGUCACACGGUAAUUAUGGUCGCCCAUAGAGUAGGUGCAGCCGUGUCACAUUUAAGAGAAGGGGUAGAUGCCGUGGUUUGGAUGAAAGAUGGGCGAAUUGAGAAAGUAGGGGAUGUAAGCGACAUUAUGAACAUGACCGAGCAGACCACAACCCCUGAAGAGGGGUCCACGAGUGGUUUAUAGAUGAUCUAUUCACAAAUAGAAUGAGCUAAAUAUAAGAAAGAUCGCAGAGCACUUUUUU